GGGGCGCUGGAACGGCGGCGGCUGGAGCGGGAUGGAACGGAGCGCGGUGUCAGAAAAAGCCACCUGAGUGUACCAGGAAGUUAGAGAGCAGCUGUCAUCUCAAACACGUAAGCAGUACGGACAUUCUGCACUCCUUUUUAAAUGAUUGUGAGCCAUGCCUUUGGUGAAAAGGAACAUUGAACCACGGCAUCUCUGCCGAGGAGCUCUGCCAGAGGGAAUUACAAGUGAACUGGAAUGUGUAACGAAUAGCACCCUUGCUGCUAUCAUACGCCAGCUAAGCAGCUUAAGCAAACAUGCUGAAGACAUAUUUGGUGAAUUGUUUAAUGAGGCCAACAGCUUCUACAUCAGAGCAAAUUCCCUCCAAGACAGAAUUGAUCGCCUUGCUGUCAAAGUUACCCAGCUGGAUUCAACAGUGGAAGAAGUAUCCUUACAGGACAUCAACAUGAAAAAAGCAUUCAAGAGCUCAACAGUUCAAGACCAGCAGGUAGUUUCAAAGAACAGCAUUCCGAACCCGGUGGCUGAUAUUUAUAAUCAAAGUGACAAACCACCACCUCUGAAUAUUCUUUCACCAUAUAGGGAUGAUAAGAAAGAUGGAUUGAAGUUCUAUACUGAUCCUUCCUAUUUUUUUGAUCUUUGGAAAGAAAAAAUGUUACAAGAUACUGAAGAUAAGCGAAAAGAAAAGAGGAGACAAAAGAGAGAGAAACACAAGCUGAAUCCAAACAGAAACCAGCAAAUUAAUGUGAGAAAAGUAAGAACAAGAAAAGAAGAGUGGGAGAGAAGGAAAAUGGGCAUUGAGUUCAUGAGUGACGCAAAGAAAAUGGAACAGGCAGGAAGCAUGAAAGAGGACAAAAUGCCCAAAGGGUCCCAUGCAUCUGAUGUUACAGAUUAUUCUUAUCCUGCUACUCCGAAUCAUUCCCUCCAUCAGCAGAUAGCAAUGCCUUCCUAUGGAGCAGGAGAUGGUCCACAGUACAUGGCAGCAUCCCAAAGCCAUGAGCAUGAAUACAGACCACCCUCCACCACUGUAAGACACGCCACUUUAAACAGACCUCAGCAACCCCCUCCACCUCCACCCCAGCCUUCAGAUGGCCAGCACAGCUCAGUACCUGUGGUACCAGCAGAAUAUGGGAUGCUCCCAGCUCAGAUGGUGGAUUAUUACAAUCCUACAGGUCCUCCCCCUCCUCCUCCACCCCCUAUGAUUCCUUCAGCACAAACCGCAUUUGUUAGUCCCCUUCAGCUUCCUGUGCCACCUUCCCAUUCUGGACUGGUGACUGGCUCUACAUACACAUCUACUCAUCCUCCUCCUUCUGGUGGGCUUGUUGUCACUGCUCCUCCCCCUCCUGGCCCACCUCCUCCCCCUCCAGGCCCUCCUGCUGCAGGUGCAUCCCUCUCUUCCUCCCCCAUGCACGCUCCUCCGGCCUCGGAGGCGAAGCAGGCACCAAUGAGCGAUGCUCGGAGCGAUCUUCUGGCUGCCAUCAGGAUGGGAAUUCAGCUGAAGAAGGUGCAGGAGCAGCGUGAGCAGGAGGCAAAGCGCGAGCCCGUUGGCAAUGACGUGGCCACCAUCCUGUCGAGGCGCAUUGCCGUGGAGUACAGUGAUUCCGACGACGACUCCGAGUUUGAUGAGAACGACUGGUCAGAUUGAACGUGGUCCAAGCCUACUGGCAACUACAUUAAAUACUUGGCUUCAGUGGUUGCUUUGUUAGCAAGAUGUAAAGCAGGAUGUUGACGUGUAUUAAGGCUAGUGAGGGAAGCGCUAAAAUUGAAUUGGUAUUAUUCAGAAUGCUGUAGCUUAGCAACUCUGGUAAUAAUGAUGUGAUUAUGCUUAUGCAGAUCAGAAACUUGUCUUACUUUCAGUAUUUACUGCAUAAUACUUAAGUGCCACUAAGUGUAGCAACUCUUGUGCUGCGUGCAAAAUAUGCUGCAGUUGUUGCACUGUUACAGAACCAGCAUUUUAUUUUACUUUCCCGUUCUUGAAGGGAUAAAAUAUAUUUUUUUUGACUUUACAUCUUACUCUUAAUUAUUUAAACAACUUAGAUAUUUGUGAAUUGGUCUGGUUGUUAGUCUUUGAGGGCAGCUAACUGUAUGGCUGAGUGAAGUGUUGAGUUCCGUUAAACUGACUUUUAGCUUUUUUAUUAGGUACUAAUUAUGCCCACCUUAGUCUAUUUUUAACCACUUUUGGGCUUAAGUUUUUAUGCAUACAGAAUUGAUUUUCUACUAUCUUCCUUUUUAUCUUAAAAAUGUAGCAGAUGAUGAAAUGUAUACUUUGAAGAAUGAACCCACAUGAUCCAAAACCAACAUUUGGUGAGCAGACAGGAUAUGUCUAUAACAGUACCAGCUCUAAGUUGCUGGCUCUUUGUUGGGAAGCGUGUUAGGGGAUCUCUGCUGGGUAGCAGAUGCAUGUCUGUGUUAUAAAUGAAAAUGGAAAUACCUGUAGAACUUUUCAGUCUUAUGAUCAUAAGAUCAACUGGAUGCAGGAUAGACCUGAUGGAAACCGUGUGGGUAUUGCAGUGCAGAAAUGCUACUGCUGUUACUAAAGAUUGGAACUGUCUGGAUCUAGCAAUCAGAUACAUUUCACAAGUAUUAAACUUGGUCUUUAUUCCUGUAGGUAUAAACAUGUGUGUAAAUAAGUUCUGUUGUUGUUGAUUUAUACAUGUGUAGUCAUGUAGCACAUUGACUCAAAACUCUUACUUUGAAUGUAUUUCUUUCCCAGUACAUCCCAUGGGUAUAACACGGGCAGUUAAAGCAGUUUUCAUGUCUGUGGAGGUACUAUGCCAUAUAUAUAUACACACACUCACUUCCUCGGUCCUUUCCUAGGCAUAGUUGUUGCCAUAAAGUCUGCUUUGACUGUCUCUGUUUUCCUUGUUUUCCUUUUUUUUUUUUAUCAGCAGUACAGUAUUAAAAUGGUUUGUUCUGUUUUUCUUUUCUGGACCAAGAGUCAGGCUGCUGCUUUGCCUAAUGAGGCUUUUAAAUUUUAUUCAUAGCAGGGGAAGAGUUCUUUCCUUACCAGAUUACAGUUUUAAUCUUUGCAAGAGAAGUCUGUGUAAUUCCAGGUCUAACAUUUGGUAAAACUCCUUUGUUCUGUGAGGCUCCCCCUCGUUCCUCCUGAUCUUAAAAGAAGUAUGUAAAAUAAAGAGAUAAAUGGAAGGUGAUUAUCUAACCUGUGUUUGCACCAUUAACAGUUUUAGUCCUGAGAAUGUAACAGUCUAACACGAUGUUUGCAUGCAAACUGUUGGCUACUGCAUUGCUGUUUAAUCUUCAUAAGACUUUUCAAUCCAUGGUGGCUGCCUUUAUGAUAGAGGGAUAACAUGCUGCCUCAGGGCUGGUGUUAAAAUUUUUCACACAAAGUAUGCCCAAUCUCUGCAUAGUGGUGAGCAACCACAGCUCUUGGUAACCAGGGGCAGCUGCUGGGACUGGCUGAUCUCCGUCCCAGUUGGAGCUGGUUUUGUGUUUGCCUUAAAAUGCAGAGCUGAAGUGUGCUUUGUUUUGUGUCCUGGAGUCUGAGGUCUGUGUGUCCACCAGGGAGGACAGAAUUUAGGCUGUAGCCUGAUGGUGGCUUUCAUCACUAUGUGGGAGAUGGCUUGUCCUGACCAUCAUGUUGUGCUUGCACAGUGGCCUGCAAAAUGAUUCUUUGGAGAGGUAGCUGGACGUGCAACUGGGACCUCAGUGUUACAUCACUGCAUAGUGGUGAGAGCACUCUCAGUGUUCUUUUGAUACAUGCUGAAAGGAAGUAUCUCAGCAGAAAAUUCUUCCCAAUCUACUGAAAUUUGAUAUGACAGAAGAUAUAUUUUAUGAGCACAGAAGUUGGGUGUGUCUGACAUUUUGUAAUUUGUGCUUAUUUUAAAUAAUAAGCAUUAAACAAGAAAUCAGUUGUGACCGGUGAAGAUAGUGUAAAUUUUUCAGUCAUAGUAGCCAAACUGUUUUUCUGAACCUGCAAUGUUGUCAUUUUCCUUUUGGUAUUUUAUGGACGAAAUGUGAAUUGAAAUUAGUGAUGUAAACACUAUUCUAGGCUGUUUUUAUCAGUUUUAUCAUACUUCGGGUUGUGCAUAAGUAACAAAUACGAAUAAAAUCUCA